UUCUCUCGCCGUAGUCACGUGUUUAAACCCGGAUGUAGACAAGAACACGCUGUUCGCUCAGAUCGUACCGAGCUGCACCUGGACCCGGUUCACGUCGUGGUUCUGGUCUACACCUGUGGAGUGUGACGUCAUGUCGGUGGUCGGACUUGUACCGGGACAGUUUGAUGACGCAGAGGAGACCAGCGACCAUUCAGCUGUGUCCACUGUACUGAGUCAGAUCAGUGAUGUCAGUCUGCAGCCUUCAUCACAUGAACGGGAAGAGGAAGAGGAUGAAGAAGAAGACUAUGAUGAUAAUGAUGAUGAUGAGGAGUGGGCGUGGCAUCAUGCAGGAGGAGAUCUGACCAAGAGAUACAACAGGACGGGUCUCAACUGUCAGUCCAACAGACAGAAUCUGUCCAAUAAGACGCUGCCGUCGACUCCGUCUGACAAAGCUCUGAGGAAAUAUGAACACAAGAUCAACCUGGACAAACUGAACUACGCUGACUCUGUGAUCAACAAAGUGACGACGAUGCAGAGACAGAAAGACGCCGACACGUACAGAGUGAAGGACAAAUCAGACCGAGCCACAGUGGAACAGGUUUUAGAUCCUCGGACUCGAAUGAUUCUGUUCAAGAUGCUGAGUCGAGCGGUAAUCUGUGAAAUCAACGGCUGCAUCAGCACAGGGAAGGAGGCAAAUGUUUAUCACGCCAGCACCUCGGGCGGAGACAGUCGAGCCAUCAAGAUCUACAAGACGUCGAUUCUGCUGUUCAAAGACCGAGACAAAUACGUCAGUGGAGAGUUCAGGUUCCGUCACGGUUACUGCAAAGGGAACCCCAGGAAGAUGGUGAGAACCUGGGCAGAGAAAGAGAUGAGGAACCUCAUCAGGCUGCAGACGGCAGGAAUACCGAGUCCAGAACCCCUGCUGCUCAGAAGUCACGUUCUGCUGAUGAGCUUCAUUGGAAAAGACAACAUGCCGGCUCCUCUGCUGAAGAACGCGUCGCUGUCGGAAUCGAAGGCCCGUGAGCUCUACCUGCAGGUUCUACAGAAUAUGAGGAAAAUGUUCCAGGACGCUCGACUUGUCCACGCGGACCUCAGCGAGUUCAACAUGCUGUUUCAUAAUGGAGACGCUUACAUCAUUGACGUUUCUCAGUCGGUGGAACACGAUCAUCCUCACGCUCUGGAGUUCCUCAGGAAGGACUGCAGCAACGUGAACGAGUUCUUCCUGAAGCGUGGCGUGCCGGUGAUGACCAUCAGAGAACUGUUUGACUUCAUCACCGACCCCUCCAUCACCUGCCGUAACAUCGAUCAAUACCUGGAGAAGGCGAUGGUGAUUGCAGCUGAUCGGACGUCGGAGCAGCGAUCACAUCAGGACCGAGUGGAUGAUGAGGUCUUUAAGCAGGCGUACAUCCCCCGAACCCUGACGGAGGUCAGUCACUACGAGAGAGAUGUUGACCUGAUGAGGGCCAAGGAUGAGGAGUCUGCCAUUACUGGUCACCAUGACAAUAUCCUGUAUCAGACUCUGACUGGACUGAAGAAGGAUCUGUCCGGAGUUCAGACGGUUCCUGCUCUCCUGGAAGAAGAGCAGUCGGUCUCCUCCUCUUCCUCAGAGGAUGAAGAGGAUGAGGAGCAUGAUAAAGAGGAGCAGACUGAGGAAACCUCGGAGGACAAAAAGGAGAAGAAGAAGCUGGUGAAAGAAGCUCAGAGAGAAAAGAGAAAGAGCAAAGUCCCGAAACACGUGAAGAAGAGGAAGGAGAAGGUGUCCAAGACGAAGAAGGGCAGAUGACUUCCUGUGUGUCACGAUGACAUCGAUCCCCACAAACAUGAACCCAGACUGAACAUACAGCAGCCAAUCACAGCUCAGAUCCAUCUCAGAUCCACUUACACUUACACAAAAGCUCUGGAUGACAUCAUCAUCAUGUGCUCCAAUAGAAACUGAUCAACGAUCAAUAAAAGCUUUUAUAAUGUUUGUUCUGUUGUGCCUGAAAACAGUUCAUGAAUCAACGUCGUAAAAACGUUACUAUGAUGUUAUAGCGUAAUAAUGUAACGUGAUCAGGCUCCGAACAUCGGGACGUUCAAUGUCUGUCAGUACUGACAGUGUCUGUGUCUGUCAGUACUGACAGUGUCUGUCUGUAUCUGUGAUUCAAACAAGCUUCAGUUUAUUUUAUCAGAAAUAAAAAAAAUGUAUCCUUUUAA